AGUGCCUAGCUGUCAUCUCGCCGUCGCCUGUCGUUCUCAGUUUGUGGCAUGCAUUUUUGUUGUACGGUCACGGUUGGACGGACAGUGUUAUUAUAAAAUAAUCUUCAUUUUGGAUAUUUUUACAUUAUUUGCUUUUAACUUGAUAUCGACAAUUUGGAAGUGCUUCCAUUCCAUUCGUACCGCUAAAUACUUCGAACCGCAGGGAAUAGCUUUCAAUUAUGGCAAUGGCUAACGGAGACAAUCUUCAGGAUGGUUUGUCCUGUGAAGACCUAUUUCGCAACAGUGAUGGAUUAACAUACAAUGACUUCAUCAUUCUUCCCGGAUACAUUGACUUUACGGCCGAUGAUGUAGAUUUGUCGUCGCCUCUUACAAAGAAGAUUAUGUUGAAGGCACCACUGGUAUCAUCGCCGAUGGACACAGUUACUGAAGCUGAUAUGGCUAUAUCAAUGGCGCUUUGCGGAGGUAUUGGCAUUAUUCACCAUAACUGUACUCCUGAAUUUCAAGCUAACGAGGUUCACAAGGUCAAAAAGUACAAACAUGGGUUCAUCCGUGAUCCGAUGGUUAUGAGCCCAGAGAACAACGUUGCGGAUGUCCUGGAGGCGAAGAAGAAAAACGGUUUUACCGGAUAUCCCAUAACUGAGCACGGCCGUCUUGGGGAGCGUUUGCUCGGAAUUGUGACAUCGAGAGACAUAGAUUUUCGGGAAGAAGAUGUCGCCCUUAAGUUAAAGGACAUCAUGACGAAGGUGGAAGAUAUGGUGACGGCGCCCAGCGGAGUGACAUUGCAGGAAGCCAACCACAUUCUGGAGAAAAGCAAAAAAGGAAAACUCCCAAUUGUGAACAAAAAUGGAGAAUUAGUCGCGCUGAUUGCCAGAACCGAUUUGAAAAAGGCCAGAAGUUACCCAAACGCAUCUAAAGACAGCAACAAACAAUUGCUCGUGGGAGCUGCAAUUUCAACGCGAGAUGAUGAUAAGGAGCGACUGGAGCUUUUGGUGCAGAAUGGUGUCGACGUUGUAGUCUUAGAUUCCUCUCAGGGAAAUUCCUCUUUCCAGAUUAACAUGAUCAAAUACAUCAAACAAAAGUAUCCCGACUUGCAGGUCAUCGCCGGAAAUGUAGUAACGCGACAACAGGCUAAAACCUUGAUAGAUGCUGGAUGUGACGCACUUCGUGUCGGUAUGGGAUCCGGUUCCAUCUGCAUUACGCAAGAGGUUAUGGCAUGUGGAUGCCCUCAAGCCACUGCUGUGUAUCAAGUCAGCAGAAUAGCUCGGGAAUUUGGUGUUCCUGUUAUCGCUGAUGGAGGAAUUCAAUCAAUUGGGCACAUCAUGAAGGCUCUUUCCUUGGGAGCAUCUAGUGUCAUGAUGGGAUCACUUCUCGCAGGUACAUCAGAAGCACCUGGUGAAUAUUUCUUCAGCGAUGGCGUACGUCUCAAGAAAUAUCGCGGAAUGGGCAGUCUAGAAGCGAUGGAGCGGAAAGAUGCGAAAGGAGCUGCUGGUGCACGUUAUUUUCAUACUGAUAUGGACAAAUUGCGUGUAGCUCAGGGAGUUAGUGGUAGCAUAGUUGACAAAGGAUCUGUUCUACGAUUCUUGCCAUAUCUUCAAUGCGGUUUACAACACAGCUGUCAAGACAUUGGCACCAAAUCUUUACAAAAUUUGAAGAAAAUGAUUUAUAGUGGGGAGCUACGUUUUAUGAGACGUACUCAUUCGGCGCAAGCUGAAGGCAAUGUCCACAGCUUAUUUUCCUACGAGAAGAGACUGUUCUGAAAGCCAGUUAAACGAUGAGUCUGAAGAGAUACGAAUCAUGUUUUUUUCUAUAUCGUUUAGUUAAUAUAUCAUGCAGAAUCGAUGUGUCAAAUAAUUAUGUUAAAAUUAUUCCGUUUAAAUAGCGAUAUUUCCAGGAUUUUUUUAAGCGUAAAAUUACAUUAUUUAGGUAUAAAAUUGACAGGAAAUAAUCUACUUAAAUUUAAGACGCUUGGCUUCAAAAUCUCUGACCAACCAUUUUCAAAGUAUUGGAAUUAUAAUUCUGAAAAGCAAAACUAUUAGUUAGACAUGAGCAUUAAGGAAGUAACAGUUCAUAGUAAUUUUUUAUAAUUUUAUUGUGUAUCAAAUAAAACAAUGUGAUCCAAA